GCAGGUGCAGAAGCCAGCAAAGAGGAGCCUGGGGUUCAAGCUGAUAGUGUCCCCUGAUCCCCUCACCAGGGUUAGGGUACAGAUCUGCAGGCAGGCUGGGUGCCAGCCUAGAACUGCCCAGCAAGGAGAAGACCCAGGGCCCGACCUUCUUGUGACAACACAGGCAUCUGGAGCUCCACCGAGACCAGCAGUGCCCGGGGCGCGCAGCCUUCAGCGACAGACAGCCUUGUUCCCGGAGUCUCCUUCCAGCCGGGCCUCAGUCUGACGCCCAAGCCCUUAGCAGGAAGCCGGCUCCCAAACCCGGGCAGUGGGUGUGAGCCCAGGGCAAAACCCCGCCCCUUAGGGGUCCCUGAUCUUUGCCCUCGCCCUGGGUUCCGUGCCUCCCCAAGAGGCCGGCGGGCGGCGAUGCCUUUUGUGUGUUUCACUCCAAAGUACCAGAGACCCCCCAGCACUGCGCCGCGUCCCCUGGAGGCCCCCGGCCCCUCCUCUUGGCGUCCCCAGCCCCCCUGCUCGGCUCCGCGUGCCAGCUCGGGACUCGCUGGUUCGCUCCCCGCGGCGCCAGGAGGAGGGGCGAGGGCCGGCAGCCCCCUCCCCCGCGCGCGGCGCCGGAGCCCAGCCGAGCUGGGGGGACCCGCCGCCGCCGGUCAUGUGGGCCGGACUGCUCCUCCGGGCCGCCUGCGUCGCGCUCCUGCUGCCGGGGGCCUCGACCCACGGCUACACCGGGAGGAAGGCGCCCGGGCACUUCGCUGCCGAGAGACGCCGGCUGGGCCCCCAUGUCUGCCUCUCGGGGUUCGGGAGUGGCUGCUGCCCUGGCUGGGCGCCCUCCAUGGGCAGUGGGCACUGCACCCUUCCCCUCUGCUCCUUUGGCUGUGGGAGUGGCGUCUGCAUCGCUCCCAACGUCUGCUCAUGCCAGGAUGGAGAGCAAGGGGCCACCUGCCCAGGUGUGGUGCCUGUUUUAGAAGCCCACGGACCCUGUGGAGAGUAUGGCUGUGACCUUACCUGUAACCAUGGCGGCUGUCAGGAAGUGGCCCGAGUGUGCCCCGUGGGCUUCUCGAUGACAGAGACAGCUGUCGGCAUCAGGUGCACUGGGAGAUGCGUCAGGACAGUAACAGUCCCAUGUGAUGUGACCACACCUGGUGAAAUGCAAGGGGCCAGGACCCACAGAGGGACAGACAUUGAUGAAUGCUUAAGCUCCUCCUGCGAGGGCCACUGCGUGAACACGGAAGGCGGGUUUGUGUGUGAGUGUGGGCCGGGCAUGCAGCUGUCCGCUGACCGCCACAGCUGCCAAGACACUGAUGAAUGCCUUGGAACCCCCUGUCAGCAGAGAUGCAGAAACAGCAUUGGCAGCUACAGGUGUUCCUGUAGACCUGGCUUCCAUCUCCACGGCAACCGGCACUCCUGCGUAGAUGUAAACGAGUGUCGGAGGCCGCUGGAAAGGCGAGUCUGCCAGCAUUCCUGCCAUAACACCGUGGGCAGCUUCCUGUGCACGUGCCGACCUGGCUUCAGGCUCCGAGCCGACCGAGUGUCCUGUGAAGCUUUCCGGAAGGCUGUGCUGGCGCCAUCUGCCAUCCUUCAGCCCCUACAACACCCGCCCAAGAUACUGCUGCUUCCUGAGGCGGGCCGGCCUGCCCUCUACGCCGGACAUAGCCCCCCUUCCGGGGCUCCAGGGCCCCCAACCGGAGUCAGGACUGCCAGCCAGCCCUCUCCCACCCGAGCACCACCCACAUCCUUCCCAGCUGCCCCGAAGCAGCUGCCGCCCACCCUGAUGGCAGCCCCAGUGCCAAGCGCCUCCCUGUUGGGGACCCUAGGACCUCCCUCACAACUCCAGGAGGUGACACCUGCCUUGCCCAGGGGCCCCGCGGCCACUCGGCUGGCACCAGGCCCCUCUGCCUGCUGGCACCUGGGAGCCAUGUAUGAGUCAGGAAGCCGCUGGAAAGAGCCUGAGUGUUCCCAGUGCUGGUGCAAGGAACGGGAGGUGACCUGUGAGAAGGUGGCGUGUGAAGCCGCGUGUUCCCACCCCAUCCCCGCUGGCGGUGAGGGGUGCUGCCCAUCGUGUACAGGCUGUUUUCACAGUGGCAUCAUCCGAGCUGAAGGGGACGUGUUUUCACCUCCCAAUGAGAACUGCACUGUCUGUGUCUGCCUGGCUGGAAAUGUGUCCUGCAUCUCCCCGGAGUGUCCUCCUGGCCCCUGUCAUACCUCCCCGAAGUCGGGCUGCUGUACUUGCGUUCCAGUGAGAUGCUAUUUCCACGGCCGGUGGUAUGCAGACGGGGCUGUGUUCAGCGGGGCUGGUGACGAGUGCACCACAUGCAUCUGCCAGAAUGGGGAGGUGGAAUGUUCCUUCAUGCCGUGUCCAGAACUGGAUUGCCCCCGAGAGGAGUGGUGGCUGGGCCCAGGACAGUGCUGCUUCACCUGCAGGGAGCCCGCGCCCAUGACAGGCUGCUCUCUCGAUGACAACGGGGUUGAGUUUCCAAUCGGACAGAUCUGGUCUCCUGGUGAUCCCUGUGAGUUAUGCAUCUGCCAGGCAGAUGGCUCAGUGAGCUGCAAGAGGACAGACUGUGUGGACUCCUGCCCUCACCCGAUUCAUGUCCCUGGACAGUGCUGCCCAGACUGCUCAGCAGGCUGCACCUACAUAGGCAGAAUCUUCUACAACAACCAGACGUUCCCGUCUGUGCUGGACCCGUGUCUGAGCUGCAUCUGCCUGCUGGGCUCAGUGGCCUGCUCACCUGUGGACUGCCCCAUCACCUGCACCUACCCUUUCCACCCUGAUGGGGAGUGCUGCCCGGUGUGCCAAGACUGCAACUACGAGGGGAGGAAGGUGGUGAAUGGCCAGGUGUUCACCUUGGACGAUGAGCCCUGUACCCAGUGCACGUGCCAGCUGGGAGAGGUGAGCUGUGAGACCAUUCCCUGCCAGCAAACGUGCUCAGACCCCUCCAUGCCCCUUGGGGACUGCUGCUUCUCCUGCCCAGAUUGGGAAACUGAGGCCCGAAGAGGUGACGUAAGGGCCUGGCUCCUUCUCCUGGCGCAUCCUGCUUCAGCUACGUGCACCACACGCCUUUCCCCAACAAGAGCGCCUUUAAUGGAGAAACCACUUUUUACUGAAAUAGAAUAUGAACUGCUUCCUUUCAAGAACCAAAAAAAAAUGAGGAAACUGAGACCCAAGGAACUUACGUAUCUUACACAGGCCACACAGUACCCGGCAGAGCCACUUUGGUGGCCUGCCCCCUUGCAUUCGUGGCUCCUUUUCAUCUUCUCUCUGUGGAGGCAGGAGCCGGCUGGUCCUCGCCAGAUUCCCUGGAGGAAAAGCGGGGACUGUCCGCUCGUGGAGCCACGGUGUCGGGCAAGGUGGCUCGGAGCCCUCUCAGAGACGCCGAGUCCCUGCUCAGCUGUAGCUCCUGCGCAGGGCCCCUGGCAGCAUGGCCUCAGAGGCCGGCCCUCCGUCUCCUCCAGCUUCUCUUACAAGCAAACCCAUCUGGUGUGCGGACUUCAUCCCCAAUCCCCUCGGGAACCCAGGCCUCACCCUCACCCACUUUGGGGCCGCGGGACGUGGUCCUGGGGGAGCCCGGGGUCUCCCAGUCACCUUGGCCCUCAGCAGGGCCUUGGGCCCCUGCAGGAGCCUCCACUCUACCUCCAGCCUCCCCUGGGGCUCCUGGGCCACCUCCCGUUUCCCCAGAGCCCUCUUUCUCAGCCUCCGGGGCCCAGACAGCGUCCAGACGGCCUUCUCUGCCUGCCACUGUCCUGGCUGAAGAAGCUUCAACCCUUCCCACAACAAUUCCCGGCCCCUCAGAGACCUCCAUCGCUCUCGUCAGACCUCACAGACUCUCCUCCCCCACCUCCAGGCUCUCUGCGGCCCUUGGAGCCACGGCCAGCCACAGCCCGCAGCAGCCCACGGCUGGGGCCUCAGGGAGGGAGGGGUCCACCGGGUAAGCAGGCCUCCUGGUCAGGGCUGUGCCUGGAGACCCUGGACAGAGACAGUUCAGCUGGCAGGGAGGCUCUGGGGGCAAACGAGUCUCGUGGCACGGGAGGGGUUUACUCCCACAGUGCUCCUGGUGGGGGUGGCAAGUCCCCAGGGCUCGAUACAGCCUCGGCCCCAAGAAGCAUUUGCAAUGUGCUGUGCCAGCCCAGCAAACGGCGUUCUCCACGGUCAGCGUCCUCCCUGGGCAGCACACCCUGCUUGUCUUCUGAGGAAGGUUGGGGCUCUGAGCUCCCCCACUCUGGAGGAAGAGUAGAGAGGGCCUGGGGUUCCACUGGGAUUGCGCCACCUGUCAUUACACGCCCUUGCCUGGGGUUCCUGAUUAAAGGCUGUCUCAGUCUCCCCCAGGCUGCCCUGCGCAUUCACUUGUCACCUUUGGAAAGGUGAGAAAAUUUCACUCAGAGCCCAGAGCGGUGAAGUCGUGUCCUGCCUCAACCUCCCAGCUUGGGAGAAAAGCUGGCACCAAACCGGGGACGGGUUGGGUAGGGUCUUGUGUAAGCAUCUGGUGACCUCUGGAUGACUUCUAAAGUGAGAGGGGGACAGACAGACAGAGAGGCGUUGCAGGUGGGCCCCUGGGAGGGCAUCACUGGAGCAUGACGGUAGGCAGGCAGUUCCUGAGGGCGCACUGUCAGCACUCACACCUGUGGGCGUGAGGGAGGGAGCGAGGAGAGGUCAGGGUGCUGUACAGUCCCAAGGUCUCAGCCAAGCCCCUGUGGGGGCUCUGAGGCUGGGGUGGCCCUUAGAGUUGUCCUGAGUUGGGCCAAGGGGACAGGGCUUUGUGCCUCCAUGUGGACCAGUAAUUCUUUCUGGCUGCCCCAGGAAAGGGGGAUGACCUUGGGCAAGGUAGCCCUGUCAGCCACAGUUCCCAGGGGGCACUGAUGGCCACCAGCUGUCAGCCAACAACCUUCCCAGCAGCUGGGGGAAUAAGUCUGUCACUCCUGAAGGGGGAAUCUGGGUGGUGCAGACCAGUUUGCGUGACAGGUGGAAAGAAGACAGUGUUAUAAAUGUGGGCGAGUGAGACAGAGGUGGAAAACAGCUGUGCUGUCACCGAGUCACUGGAGUGCUACCACUGAAGCCCAGGGGACUGCAGAAGGAGCCACAGCCCCUCCCUCAUUUGCCUAGGCCACCCUCCUCUUCGCUGCCCUCUGACCUGUGGCUCACCACUCUUCCCCAGGUGAACUGUCUGCACUGCGGUGCUGGCGGCAAAGGCCACCUGGGGUAUCCAGCCCAGACAUACCGUAGUAGUGGGAUUCUAACCCAAGCCUGGUGGCAUGGAUGAUGAAUUUGGAGUAAGGAGCAUAGAAACCAAAGACUAGAGAUGCAAAGGACUUAGAGACCAUUCUGUCUAGUAAGACACAAACAUGGCAGUUCAGCAGGAGGCCUGGGUGCUGUGAACCCUGGUUUGAGCGGGACUAGCCGUGGGAUCUCCAGUCUCACUCUCUCGUCUGUGUAAUGGGGGCCCUAACAGUCCUGCCUCAUGGAGUCGUGGCGACAGCAUGUGAUAAUGCCUCCAUAAGUCCUGGUGGUUUGUGUUUGUGGCUGGGUGCAGCCCACCCAGCUUCACGAUACCACCUGGAACCUAAUUUCAGAAUGAAAGUGUAGACGCUGGCUCCCUCUACACUGCAACUUCUUGAGCCCAGCUGACAACGUGGUAGUAGCUAAAAGUGCUGAAUUUCCCGCUGUUCAAUAAACU